AUGGUUCGAGCUGCUUUCUACGACGACAAUGGGCUGAAGAAAGGCGCGUGGAGCAAAGAAGAAGACGAGAAACUGCGGGACUACAUCCUCAGAUACGGCCAUUGGAACUGGCGCGAGCUCCCCAAGUUCGCCGGCUUGUCCAGGUGCGGCAAGAGCUGCAGGCUGCGGUGGAUGAAUUACCUCCGCCCUGACUUGAAGCACGGCCGUUUCACCCAAGAAGAAGACGAUCUCAUCUUCCACCUCCACCAACAGCUCGGAACCAAGUGGUCUAUGAUAGCUUCCAAGAUGCCAGGAAGAACAGACAACGAGGUCAAGAAUUACUGGCACGCGCAUCUGAAGAAGCGAGUAGGGUGGGCGAAGAAUGAGAGCAGAUCAACACCUUCAUCAUCCUCGUCAUCACGUCCACAACAUUCCGGCAGUCAAACCCACGUGGAAAUCGAUGACAUGGAGGCUGAAGGUACUACUUCAUCACUCGCCAACAUGGUGAUACUCGAGAGCUCCCCGUUGUCGUCCGGUGAGCAGGCAGCCGCCGUUGGAAGUUGGGAAGAUGGUUGUAUGGACGGCGGUUUAUAUGGUGGGUGUGGAACGGCAGAAAGGGGACAGGGGAUGGAUAGUUAUUAUAACCAAAAUUGUUAUGACACAAUAAGUUGUACUAGUGGUGGUGGGGAUUUCUGGAGCGAGCCAUUUGUGGUGGACGACAGUACGAUAUACGGUGGAGGAGACAGUUAUAACAGCGACCAGCAGCCAUAUUUUUGGCCGUGGGGAGGAGGCGAUGAGGAUGACGACGUAGAUCUCAUGUACCGAGCGAUGCAAGAGCUUCCAGACACUACUACUACUACUACGUCCUGUCUCUUGUCACAACAACUUUAG